AUGGCCAAAGGCCAAUCCCCCCAGAUUCUCUGGAUUGGAUGUGCCGACUCGCGCUGCCCAGAGACCACCAUCCUGGGCCUGAAGCCCGGUGAAAUAUUUUGCCACCGCAACAUCGCCAACAUCCUGGUCAACACCGACAUCAACUCCCUCUCGGUCAUUCAAUAUGCCGUCCAAUACCUGAAGGUCAAGCACAUCAUCAUCUGCGGCCACACCUCUUGCGGCGGUAUCGCCGCGGCCCUGGGGAACAAGAAACUGGGCCUGAUCGACACCUGGCUCAUGCCUCUGCGGGCCAUUCGCCAAGAAAACCUGUCUCUCCUGAACAGCUUGGACGAAACGCAGCGGGGUUUGAAAAUGGUCGAAUUGAACGUCCGCGCGGGGAUCAAGACCCUCCUCACCAACCCCAUCGUCCUUGACGCCAUGGAUGAACGCGGCCUCCAGGUCCAUGCUCUCAUCUACAAUGUCGGGACCGGCGAGUUGCGUGAGUUGGAUAUCGAGGAGGAUGAAGAAGUCGUCAAGAGCCGGGUCACUGCCUUCAAGACCGAGGAUUAA